GACAGUUCUAGAGACCGCAUGAUGUUAUUUUGACUUGCUCUUCUCUUUUUCAUAGUCUUAAUUUAUGAAAUAAGAAAAAAAAUAAUAAUAAAAAAAAUAAUAAAAACUAUAUUAAAAAAAACAACAACACAUUUUUAGAUUAUUUUCAAAUGGCUGGGCGUGGUAGAGGUAGAGGAGCUCAAUCACUAUCAUUCAAUCUUCCUGGCUUAGGUUCUGGAGAUUCCAUGCCCUCAGUGACACUUCAACCCCCUCCUCUUUAUCCAAUAUUGCACCAUAGGGUGACACCACUAAGUUCUACUGAAGUUGAUGAAUAUAUGUUAGCUCUCAGCCGGGAAUUUAGAACAAGCAUAAGAGACUCACCUUUUUUUUUAAAAGAAAAAGUUUGCAAAAAAGAUAUUGUGCGGUACACAGAUAGAUAUAAACAAACAACAAAUAUUGAUGCUAAAGUACAAUGGGAACCAGAUUGGAAUUUGUUUCCUAAUGAACUUAAACCAAAAAAACAAAAAAAAAUUGUUAAAGCAACUCAAGAAAAGCCUGUAAAAAAAAAAGUUAACAGACUUAUCGAUGAUCUUUCCACAGAUGACAUUGUGCAAAAACUUGAGCUCACAGAAGAAAUAGAAAAAGAAGAGGGUAAAGAAAAAGGAGAAGAAAAAGAAAAUGAAGAAGAUGAAGCUCAAGAUGAAGAAGAGGAAGUUGAUGUUUCAGAAGAUGAUAACGAUUACAAUUUCGAUUACUAUGAUGAUGGUGGUGAUAAUUAUGCAGAUGAUAAUGAUGGUGAAGAAGGUCCAGUGUACUGAAAGGGUUAAUUAUGUGUUAAUAUUCUUAUGGUGCUUUUGUCCAUACUAUGGCCAUAUUUUACAGAUACCUAUAUACUCCAUACUAUGGCAAUGUUUUUAGCUAUGGCAAAUUAAAAAAUUGACUGGAAAGAAACAUUAAUUGAAAAAUGAUUAUAUAGACAGAUGUACAGAUGUUAUAGAUGAUGUAUAUGCUAGAUAUUUGAUAAGUUUUACAACAGUUACAAAAUUUGGAUAGUAACCAGACUCUUGCUGAUACAAUUUAAAGAAAUCAACCAUAAUAACCCCCAAUAACAGUUUUUCUUUACACAAGAUUGCUCAAACAAUUUUUUUAAAAUUCUUUUUUACCUGGUGUAAUGCUAUUUAAUUUUAAUACAAACUUUUUAAUA